CUCCUCAUCUCAUGCGGCCUUCUCCAUCCAACUCCUCUCCGGCCUCCAAAUCCGGGGCGUCAACAAGGCUGUGUACUCCUGGAGAUCGUCAGGGUUUCCGCGGAAGCAAUUUGGAGUCAACUAGCGUGAAAUACGAUUUUUUUUCUCAUACCCGCACGAAGCCACUGCCUUGGGCGAUCUCGGUAGCGGCCAGGGAGUUAGGUUUGGCAGCUCGAGGAGGGAGGGUAGAGACGGGAGAGGUGGCGGCGAGCGGGCGGCGGAGGAUGGUCGGCGAGCUCGGGAGGGACGUGCAGUGGCUCAGGGAGGGAAGGUGGUGGGAUUGAGAAGCAAGGCGAGCCUCAGGGUGGCACGGACGAGCUUCAUAGGGCAGUGUGCAGCAGAGGCCUUUUUCCUCCUUCCAUUCUUUCCCUAUUUUCAUCCGAAUACACAACUUUCUCCCUCUUUUUUCCUCUCCCUCCCUCUCCCUUCCCUCCUUUCUCUCCUCCCCUCAUUUCUCUUCUUCCCCUUCUCUUCCUUUCUCCCUGAAUGCACACUGUAUACUGAAAAUGGAAAAGGAUUCAAGUUUCUCACGAGGAAGUGAAAUGUCUCUACUGGAGCAAUUUGAAGGUAUAUUGGAAGGAGAUAAACUCAUUGAUGAAAUAGGUUUCUUGGGCCCAUCUCAGUUUGCUUCACUAGAUCAGGAUUUAAGUGGUUCUUCUCUUGACCAGUGCACUCCUAUUCAGUUGGUUGAUGUUAGUCUAGAGACUAAUAUAGCAGAGUUGAAUACAGUUCAAUAUGACAAAAAAAAUUUCUGGAACAGAAAUAAUAAAUUGGCAAUCUCCACUGAUGUGCUAUCUCAUUUGUACAUUGCUGCUCGCAUGCAUAUAUGUACGCAUCUAGAAGAUAUAAACCAUCUAUCAACUUAACACUGAACAAAGGUGCCUUUUGCAAUGCAUCUGCUCAGGAAAACUCUGAUCACCUUCUUGAAGAUGAAAUUCUAAAACACACGAAGGCCUUACUGAUUUUAAGCUGCAACUUCAGCAGUGCUUGGAAUGACAGCUGCGCAGAUCAUACUAGGCUUUAGUGGCCUAUGGCGCCUUGUAGUAAGAUUACUGAGUCCUCUUUCGGCUGCACCACUGGUUGCUCUGGUUGGCUUUGGCCUCUACCAACAUGGAUUUCAUGCAGUUGCAAAAUGUAUAGAAAUUGGACUUCCGCAGCUAAUACUGCUCAUAAUACUUUCACAGUAUAUUCCACAUGCAAUGCAAUCAAGGAAGCAUGUUGUCGAACUGUUUGCACUCAUAAUCUCGGUUGGAAUUGUAUGGCUUUUUGCCUUGAUCCUCACUCUGGGAGGUGCAUAUAGACAUGCACCUAGAAGAACUCAACUUCACUGUCGUACCGACCGGUCUGGGCUCAUCGGAGCAUCUCCAUGGAUAAGAAUCCCCUACCCUUUUCAAUGGGGGACUCCAACUUUUGAUGCUGGUGAAGCUUUUGCCAUGAUGGUUGCUUCAUUUGUUGCUCUUGUAGAGUCGACUGGAGGUUUUAUAGCUGUUUCAAGGCUUGCAAGUGCCACACAAGUCCCACCAUCAGUUUUAAGUCGAGGUGUUGGAUGGCAGGGAAUUGGAGUUUUGCUGGAUGGGAUAUUUGGAACACUAAACGGAUCAGUACACUAGGGUGGAUACAGGACAGUCGAGAUCAGUACACUAAGGAGCGUCUGGAUUCAGUAAUUGAUCAGUAUAUUAAGCGUCUGGAUUCAGUAACUACUGUACUAUUUUGAGUAAACAGAUUGUUGGCUAUUUUAGUAUUCAGUAUUCAGUAAACUGAUUGUUGGCUAAACAGAUUGUAGCUGUUCAAAACAGAUUUUUUGUGCUCUUUUGUUUUAUAUGUGAAUAUCACUAUAUACUUUGAAACA